UGCUAUACACUGCAGGGACUAAGAAGGAGUUCCCUUAUCGCACAGUUGAUUAAUAACUCUGCAGUGUGAGCUAGCUUGGUGAUAGUCUUUAAAAAAGUCGCAUAUUAACAACACCGGGCUGUUCUUGUUGGACACGCCCCACCACGUGAUCUGACAGCUAUUCCGAUAAUCCGCCGAUCUGAGCUUGACAGCAUCAAGCAUGAAGCCAUCUCCCACUCUCGGUUGUCUCCGAUGCUUGGCCUCCCUUGUACCCGGUCAUGGGCCUGUCAGGUGUUCAUUGUGGGUUUCGGGACCACGGCAAGCAUGUUAAUGUCAAACAGAGAACCGUCUCGGGGCCAAGCAGCUGAUACAUGUCUCGACGAGGGAGGACUCUAUUCCCAUCCUCCUGAUGACCGUCAUUGGUCGUGUUUAAAUGGAAAUCAAAAUGAAGGGAGUUAUGUGUGCCUCAGAUUCGACACAAUGGCUUUGUCGGAUGACAGUGGCCGUAUGCUGCACUGGUCAACAUUUCUCCGGGCGCUAAUGCCCUCAGGGUUAUCCCCGAGAUGAUGCCCGAUACAAUUGUUCAAGACUCGGUAACUCUAUUACAGGAGGGGAAAAGCGCAACACGAUCACACCGACUGCAUGAAGCAAUAACUAACUACUGCGGUAUAUUCCAAUCUAUCUUCUGUUCAAUCCUCAACCUUUGAC